CGGACCGUUAGUACUUUCGCGAUUUUGAAACGGGCCACACAAGGAUUUGAACUCGUGGUGGGGGACGAGAACGGUUGAAGACCCAUUUUCGGAUUAGCUGACGGGUUGUGAUUGGUUGUGGGGAGGACCUUGAGGUUGGUGAAGUUGGAUGUUUUGUCUAGGAAGUUAGUGGAGAUUUAAUAUGUGACGCUUUUAAUAGUUACGGAAGAAUCUUGUGAAGAUAUGAACUGUGGUGGAAUUUAACGAUUCAAGUGUUAGAAAUUGAUCGUAAAAAAUGCUGAAACAUGUGCAGUGAGAUUCCUGAAGGAUAUUUCCAGUUCAACAUGAGGAAAAUUUAAAGAUUAUGAGAGUUCUAGUUCUUCAAAUCAGCAGAAAAUUCCAGUGGACUAGCUAAUCCAAGUAUCACGCGGUGAUUAGCUGUGUCUGCGAAUUCAAACGCCACGUUAUUAUCAUAAGCUUAUCUAGCCCGUGACUUUACGAUUGUCCCCCGCGAUACCGAUCGGCAAUAUAUCAUCGAGUGGACUGAAAUACUUCAUUCAUAUUGCCUUGAUUUGUUUGUAUACACGGUUCGUUGCACUUAUCUUCGGCAGAGUACACCUGUCCUGAUGGGUGCCACCAGCUGGGACAAGUUCCUGCUGCUGCUGUGGAAGAACUGGACCAUCCAGAAGCGGCACUAUGUCCAGACGGCGUUCGAGAUAUUCAUUCCGGCGAUCGCGUGUGCGGUACUGAUCCUGAUACGAGGACUCGUUGAUCCCGUACGGUUCAGCGAACCAACGGUAUGGAGUUCGCUGCCAACAGAUACGAUCGAGCACAUGCUUCCGGAAGCAAACCCAACCAUCGAUCCUCCGAUCAACUUCAUGCUCGCGUACUCCCCUGGAGGUCCUCUACUCGAUCGACUAGUGUCCAACGCAGCUCUUCAAAUCCGGGAACCCCUAGAAGUGCAAGCCUUCGAUAACGCCACCCAACUGGAGAAUUUCCUCCGUAUCAACAACACCCUAGUCGGCAUCGAGUUCCCCGAUCACUAUCGAACCCUGGACCUUCUCCCAGAGGACGUGACCUUUUCACUGCGCUUCCCCUCGGAGAUGCGAACCUUCCAGGACGACUUCUCGGCCUUCUGGGCCAACUGGUUCACGGAACUCAUGUUCCCACAGUUCCAGAUAGCCGGCGCCGUAGACCGAGAACGCGCCGACGGUGGCUAUCCGGCCAACUACUACAACGAAUCGUUCAUAGCCGUCCAGUCUGCACUUUCGCGAGCGAUCAUCCUCGAACGCGAUCCUACAGCAGAGUUCCCGCCGGUGUUCCUGCAGCGAUUCCCCUACCCCCCGUACUACAGCGACCCGCUGCUGACCGGCCUCGAGAAUCUGCUCCCGCUGAUCAUCGUGAUCGCGUUCUUCUACUCCGCCAUCAACACCGUCAAGUACAUCACCGUGGAGAAGGAGCGCCAGCUCAAGGAAACGAUGAAGAUCAUGGGCCUGUCCAGCUGGCUGCACUGGGCGGCCUGGUUCGUCAAGUGCAUUCUGCUGCUCGCGAUUUCGAUUUCACUCAUCACGGUGCUGCUGUGCGUCGAUCUGACCACCAACAGUGACCUCGCCAUCUUCGAGUACGCCGACUGGACCGUGGUGUGGGUGUACCUGUUCGUGUUUAGCGUCGCAACCGUUUGCUUCUGCUUUAUGAUGAGUACGAUUUUUUCCAAAGCAAACCUUGCCGCCGGCAUAUCCGGCCUCAUCUGGUUCAUCAUGAUCGUUCCGUACAACAUCGUCUUUGCCAGCUACGACACCCUCUCGUUGGCGGCCAAACUGGCAAUGUGCAUCUUCUCGAACUCGUCCAUCUCGUUUGGCCUGAUGCUCAUGAUGCGCCACGAGGGCACGUCGAACGGCCUCCAGUGGGAGAAUCUGUUUGAACCUGUCACGGUGGACGAUAAUUUGAGCGUUGGACAUACCAUGUUGAUGCUGUUGUUGGAUGGAUUUUUGUACCUGAUGAUUGCGCUGUACAUCGAGAAGGUGUUUCCGGGAGAGUUUGGAGUUGGUGAACCGUGGUACUUUUUGUUCACUAAGAAGUUCUGGUCCGGGAGUGCUAACAAGGCCAAGUUGGAUUACACUGAGUUUGAGGAGAAUGAGAACUUGGAGUCGGAGCCGGUUGGGAAAGGUGCGGGAAUUAAAAUACGCAAGUUGAGGAAGGAAUUUGGUAAAAAUAAAGUCGCAGUUGACGGGUUGAGUUUGAACAUGUUUGAAGAUCAAAUAACCGUGCUGCUUGGGCAUAACGGAGCAGGAAAGACGACCACCAUGUCUAUGUUGACGGGUUUGUUCGCUCCGACGUCGGGAACCGCGAUCAUCAAUGGAUAUGACAUAACGACGGAUAUGGAGGCAGUCCGAGGAUCACUGGGACUGUGCCCUCAACAUAACGUUUUGUUUGACGAGCUGACCGUGUCUGAACACAUCGAGUUCUUUGCGCGAUUGAAAGGAGUUACUGGAAAGGGAGUGAAGGCCGAGAUUGAACACUUUGUGAAGAUCUUGGAGUUGGAGGAUAAAAUCCAUAAGGAAUCGCGCACCUUGUCCGGAGGAAUGAAACGCAAGCUUUCGGUUGGGAUUGCUCUUUGUGGAGGUUCGAAGGUAGUGCUGUGUGAUGAGCCAACGUCCGGAAUGGAUCCUUCGGCGAGGAGAGCUUUGUGGGAUUUGUUGAUUCGAGAAAAGAAGGGUCGGACGAUCUUGCUUUCGACUCACUUCAUGGACGAAGCUGAUAUAUUGGGGGAUAGGAUCGCCAUCAUGGCGGAUGGAGAACUGAAAGCGGCGGGUUCGUCGUUUUUCUUGAAGAAGCGAUUUGGCGUCGGAUAUCGAUUGAUCUGUGUGAAGGACGACAGUUGUAAUCCGCGAAGCUUGGAGACGUUUUUGAAGCAGUACAUUCCGGAUAUCGAGAUUGAUACCGACAUCGGGACGGAACUGUCCUUCGUGUUGAGCGAAACGUACACGAGUGUCUUCCAGACGAUGCUGAAAUCCUUGGAAGACAACACGGAGACGUUGGGCAUACGCAAUUACGGAAUAUCUCUGACGACGUUGGAGGAAGUAUUUUUGAGGGUGGGAAGCGAUUCGCAUGCACUGGAUAAGAAGCCUGAAAACAAUGGAGAGCUUAAUGGGCAAUCAAAUGGCACAUGUACACCGACAUCAAUCAAACUACAUGAAGACCAAGAAGCACUCUUGAAGGGUUCGAGAUUGGUCCUCAAUCAGAUCGGUUCCAUGUUCCUGAAAAAGAUCAUUUCAACGAAACGCAGCUGGGCACAACAGAUUGUACAGAUUCUGAUUCCAAUUUAUUUCGUGGUCGUUACGGUGGCGAUUGUGCGAUCUAUUCCCGGACUUAAAGAGUUACCUCCACUGAGGAUUUCGAUAUCAAACUACUCCUUGACUACAACGCUUCUGGAAGCUGCUGCACCGGAAAGCGAUAUAAUAUCCGGAUAUCGGACAAUAUUUGAUGGCUUGGAUGAUCGACAUCGCUUGGAAGUUAUCUACACAGAUAUGGAGGAAGAACUUUUAUACUUGUCCACCGUCAACAUUGGCAGAAUCAAUCGAGAGUUCAUGAUCGGAGCGACGGUGACCGACACGAACCAAACCGUCUGGUUCAAUCCGCUGGGAUUCCACACGGCCCCGCUGGGCAUCAACUAUCUGUACAAUGCAAUGCUAAAAUCGCUCUGUCCGAGCUGUAAAAUAAACGUUAUCAACAAGCCCAUUCCGUUCCGACCUAAUACAAGGUUCAUCCAACUCCAAUCGGGCAACAAUCUCGGCUUCCAGCUGUCGUUCAACAGCGGCUUCGCAAUGUCAUUCGUCGCGGCGCUCUACAUCAUGUUCUACAUCAAAGAACGCACGUCGCGUGCGAAACUGCUGCAGUUUGUCAGCGGCGUGAACGUGUUCACCUUCUGGGCGGUGAACUUUGUGUGGGAUUACUUCACAUACCUGAUUACGGCACUUGUGUACCUGGGAAUCCUGUCCGUGUGGCAAGAGGAGGGUUGGUCAACGGUAGAAGAGUUGUCGCGAGUAUUCUUGAUACUGUGCGUGUUUGGAUUGUCGUUCCUACCGAUUACGUACAUCUUCUCGUUCUGGUUCGACGUACCCUCGACGGGAUUCGUAAAAAUGAUGCUGAUUAACCUAUUCUCCGGGACGAUACUCUUCGUGGCAGUCUUCCUGUUGCAGUUUGAAGCAUUCAACCUGAUGGACAUCUCACGCAUUUUGGAGUGGUUCUUUAUGAUCUUCCCGCUGUUUUCGUUUAGCCAAAGUUUGAGCAACUUGAACGUGCUAGCCGCGACGAAGGCAGUUUGCAGAACGCAAUGCGAAGUGAUACCAUUCUGUACGGAGCAGUUCAUGUGCAGCCUGUUUCCAAACUGCUGCGACACCCAGGUCUUUACGUGGGACCCGAAGGGCGUCAACCGGCAGAUUACCUACAUGGCGGUGGUUGGAAUCGUUGCGUUUGUGGUGUUGAUAGCUGUGGAGUUCCGACUGUUUGAUCGAAUCAUCAACAAAGGGUACAGUUUGAAGAAUCAACGUCCUGCGCAAUCUGAGGAAGGUAUUGUGGACGCUGACGUAUUGAAGGAGAAGCAACGUGUUGCCAGUAUGACCGGAACGCAGAUUGCCGAGAAGAACUUGGUGAUGCGCGAUUUCACAAAGUAUUACAAGAGUUUCCUGGCCGUGAAUCAGCUCAGCGUGGCAGUUGAUGCGGCUGAAUGUUUCGGAUUGCUUGGAGUCAACGGAGCCGGUAAGACUUCAACGUUCAAGAUGCUUACGGGUGAUGAAAACAUUUCCUUUGGCGAGGCUUGGGUCAAAGGGAUCGAUUUGAAGACAAAUAUGGGCAAGGUGAACAAAAACAUCGGGUACUGUCCACAAUUUGAUGCAGUGUUGGAAGACCUAACCGGUCGAGAGACGUUGAAGAUCUUUGCUUUGAUGCGAGGAAUCGCGUAUCAAGAUAUCAAAUCAACGUCAGAAAAAUUAGCCCAGGAGUUAAACUUCACAAAACACAUCGACAAGCGCAUCAAGGAGUACAGUGGAGGUAACAAGCGUAAGCUGAGUACUGCGCUAGCGCUACUAGCCAACCCAGCUGUGAUAUACCUGGACGAGCCAACCACGGGAAUGGAUCCAGGUGCUAAACGGCACCUGUGGAACGUCAUACUGAACGUGAAGAAAUCAGGCAAAUCGAUCAUCCUAACCUCGCACAGCAUGGAAGAAUGUGAAGCGCUCUGUACGCGACUUGCGAUCAUGGUGAACGGAGAGUUCAAGUGUCUCGGGUCGACGCAGCAUCUCAAGAACCAGUUCUCCAAAGGGUACUUCCUUACGGUGAAGAUCCGAAAGGCCGAUUCAGUGCAGGAAGUUAACAGGAGGCAGGCUGAGGUGAAGGCGUACGUCGCGGACCACUUUAGGGGAGCUUCCUUGAGGGAAGAACACCAGGACUCCCUCGCGUACCACAUACCCCAGUCCGACCUCAAGUGGUCUACGAUGUUCGGAAUCAUGGAGACCGCCAAGCGAACGCUGGACAUCGAGGACUACGCCCUGGGCCAGACCUCCCUGGAGCAGGUUUUUCUGUUCUUCACCAAGUAUCAACGGAUAACCGAUGACAGCAAGUGAAUAUUUACCGUAAGCACGAUAUCGUAGUCAAAAAGUGAUACUCAAGUGAUUCUUCUAGAAAUAAAGAUUAGUGAGUAAG